GUAUUUUCAGCUUGCUGCCCCACCCCCACAGAAAGCACUGAGCCCGGCUGAAACACCUGCAUUUUGGAGCUACCUUGCUCAAGAAGGCAGAAAAGAGACCAUGUUUACUUGUCAGAGUGAUUCGGACGGACCUGGAGCAGCUGAGUGAAAGGGAGCAACGAGGGGUUGACCUGAGCUCUGCUGUUUGUUGAUCUGGGAGGGAGCAGGGAGCCACUCUAGAGAAGGUGAUAACAUGUUCUCCCAAACAGAGGAUCUGUUAUUUGUACAUCGUCCUCCCUCCCCCACAGCCACUUCUUCUUGUGCCCACUACAAUGGAGAGAGAAUGAGAAGAGGUGCUCCAAGCAGAACAUGAGAAUGGAGACGUGCACAAAGAACAAUAACACCACACUCAGAAGAGGUGAGAGUGCGAUGAGGAGAGGAGCCAGAGAGUGAGGCGAUGGGCUGCACCUCUGCUAAGCAGGUGUCGGCCGUGCCCAGCGACGAGGAGGGCCGGGGCAAGGCCUACAGCAACGGAGACCUCUUCACCGACGAGUACAAGAUGAAAGGAGUGGAGGAGGUGAAGUACAUGCGUGGAGAGGAGGACCGGGUGAACGCACGCAACCAGGAGAACCUGGAGAAGACCUCUUUACAGUACAGGGGGAAACCGCACAAAGAAGGCUCUGGAGCCAACGCCAACAGGACAAAUAUCCACACAUCAGAGAGCCAGCAGGAGUUCUUCAGGAUGUUGGAUGAGAAGAUUGAGAAGGGACAGGACUACUGUUCAGAGGAAGAAGAGGCAGAGGAUGGGACAUAGCAAACAAGGCCUGACUCAACCCCCAACAGAGAGCCUCCCAGAGUGUGUGCGAGUGCAUGUUCGUCUGAAUCAGUGUGUGUAUGUAUGUUCCACUGCCUUUGUAUGUGAUUCUGUCUGUGUGAGCAUGUAGGUUUUUUGUGUGUGAAAGUGAGAUGGAUAGCUAUUCUAAAAGACUGUUGCCCCCCUCUUGGCUGUCGUCCCAUUGGGCCCCUGAGUGGAUUACUGGAGGGAGAGACGAGGAGACAUACAGACAGACAUGUGGACUCACUGCCCUGCAGGACUAUGGAGAGACGCACAUGGAGACGGACAUGCAAACCGACAUGUGGACUCACUGCCCUGCAGGACUAUGGAGGGACCCUCCCCUCUAGCCCAACUACCACCCCAGUGAACUGUACUGUGGUCCCUGGUCCAGCUUUGUAUAUACCACCCCAUGACUACAACAUGGAGAAGGAGGACGAACAGAGGAAGGAAGAAUGAGCAUUAUGGGAGUCUGGGAGACACCCUCCUGGUUUCCACCCUCCAUGGCCCUGACUAUUGUGCUUUGCUUGUGAGGAGCAGAGAUGUGGAUAGAGAAAGAGAGGUGCUGGGGAGGGGGAAGCACUUCCAUAACCCCCAUCAGACAACGGAGGCUCGCUGCUACAGUGGGCCAGAGGACCUGCGAGAGGGUAGGGGGAUGGGAGGGGGGGGGGUUAAAGAAAAACCUAGAUAUUUUAAUAAGAGAAAGAAGAGUCAGUGAGUGGCUUAUUUUGAAACUCUGAACUCAUGCCUUUUUGAAGGACUUUUUUAUUAUGUUGAUCCAGUUCAUUAUUUUUAGUUUUUUUUAAAUGUUUUUUUGUUUGUUUUUGUUUUUGGCUUCUAUCCUAGUGCAUCACCUCCUGCAGGCUACAGCUCUAUAGGUCAGAGUUCCUGUGUCACUACACAACCUGUCCUCUUAAAUAUACCCUCAACGCGAAUAUACCAGACCCUGGCUAUGUGAAACACACUCAACUUCAUAUGCAUAGAUGCAGACACAGAAGUGCACACUCAUACAUACAGACACACGCUCAUACAGACAGACCAAUGCAGAUAGACUCAUGUGUAUGUGUAUAUAUAUAUAUAUAUGUACAGUGCCUUGCGAAAGUAUUCGGCCCUCUUUGCGACCUUUUGCCACAUUUCAGGCUUCAAACAUAAAGAUAUAAAACUGUAUUUUUUUGUGGAGAAUCAACAAGUGGGACACAAUCAUGAAGUGGAACGACAUUUAUUGGAUAUUUAAAACUUUUUUAACAAAUCAAAAACUGAAAAAUUGGGCGUGCAAAAUUAUUCAGCCCCUUUACUUUCAGUGCAGCAAACUCUCCAGAAGUUCAGUGAGGAUCUCUGAAUGAUCCAAUGUUGACCUAAAUGACUAAUGAUAAAUACAAUCCACCUGUGUGUAAUCAAGUCUCCGUAUAAAUGCACCUGCACUGUGAUAGUCUCAGAGGUCCGUUAAAAGCGCAGAGAGCAUCAUGAAGAACAAGGAACACACCAGGCAGGUCCGAGAUACUGUUGUGAAGAAGUUUAAAGCCGGAUUUGGAUACAAAAAGUUUCCCCAAGCUUUAAACAUCCCAAGGAGCACUGUGCAAGCGAUAAUAUUGAAAUGGAAGGAGUAUCAGACCACUGCAAAUCUACCAAGACCUGGCCGUCCCUCUAAACUUUCAGCUCAUACAAGGAGAAGACUGAUCAGAGAUGCAGCCAAGAGGCCCAUGAUCACUCUGGAUGAACUGCAGAGAUCUACAGCUGAGGUGGGAGACUCUGUCCAUAGGACAACAAUCAGUCGUAUAUUGCACAAAUCUGGCCUUUGUGGAAGAGUGGCAAGAAGAAAGCCAUUUCUUAAAGAUAUCCAUAAAAAGUGUUUAAAGUUUGCCACAAGCCGCCUGGGAGACACACCAACCAUGUGGAAGAAGGUGCUCUGUUCAGAUGAAACAAAAAUUGAACUUUUUGGCAACAAUGCAAAACGUUAUGUUUGGUGUAAAAGCAACACCGGUCAUCACCCUGAACACACCAUCCCCACUAUCAAACAUGGUGGUGGUAGCAUCAUGGUUUGGGCCUGCUUUUCUUCAGAAGGGACAGGGAAGAUGGUUAAAAUUGAUGGGAAGAUGGAUGGAGCCAAAUACAGGACCAUUCUGGAAGAACCUGAUGGAGUCUGCGAAAGACCUGAGACUGGGACGGAGAUGUGUCUUCCAACAAGACAAUGAUCCAAAACAUAAAGCAAAAUCUACAAUGGAAUGGUUCAAAAAUAAACAUAUCCAGGUGUUAGAAUGGCCAAGUCAAAGUCCAGACCUGAAUCCAAUCGAGAAUCUGUGGAAAGAACUGAAAACUGCUGUUCACAAAUGCUCUCCAUCCAACCUCACUGAGCUCGAGCUGUUUUGCAAGGAGGAAUGGAAAAAAAUGUUAGUCUCUCGAUGUGCAAAACUGAUAGAGACGUACCCCAAGCGACUUACAGCUGUAAUCGCAGCAAAAGGUGGCGCUACAAAGUAUUAACUUAAGGGGGCUGAAUAAUUUUGCACGCCCAAUUUUUCCGUUUUUGAUUUGUUAAAGUUUGAAAUAUCCAAUAAAUGUCGUUCCACUUCAUGAUUGUGUCCCACUUGUUGAUUCUUCACAAAAAAAUACAGCUUUAUAUCCUUAUGUUUGAAGCCUGAAAUGUGGCAAAAGGUCGCAAAGUUCAAGGGGGCCGAAUACUUUCGCAAGGCACUGUAUAUAUAUAUGUGUGUGUGUGUGUGCCAUUGUAUUCCUGUCAUUCUUUAGCCAUGUGUUAAGUUAAUAGGCUGUGAUGUUUUGGGUGAAUGUUGGAAGCAGCAGCUUCCAGCAGGGUUUCUGCUGCUGGACUUAUUCAUGUGCACUUCUAGUGUUUAUUACUCUCUCCUCUGCAUUGGUAGCCCAGCCUCCACUUCUCUUCAACUCAGCAGUAUUGACGCUUACUGGCAGCGUGGAGUCACCCUCUGUUGACACACACACACACACCGCCUUUUCAUGGAGUGAGAAGUGAGAUUUAAAGGGAAAGAGGUGUGGUUGCCUGGGAGACACAGCUCUCAACGUUAUUCUGUCAUCAUUACUCGAUCGUUCCUUUUUCAUUUGAUUCAGUACUUUUUGUUUUUCUAUUAAAAAUAAAAACACAGGAGCUGUU